CUAGCACCAACGGCCUCGGCUCGCAUCCUGUCCGGUGAAGAUAGCGGGCGGUUACAGAACCUAACCCAGUCUGAGGCUGCUGUAUUUCGUAAUUAAAUCCAUUAAACAUUGAUUUAAAUAAUUCAGGCCACCGUGAACGAUAAAUACCAAGCAUAAUGAUCCGCUUCAUCCUGAUCCAAAACCGGGCCGGGAAGACCCGGCUGGCCAAGUGGUACAUGCAGUUUGAUGAUGAUGAGAAGCAGAAGCUGAUUGAAGAGGUUCAUGCCGUAGUGACAGUCCGUGAUGCCAAACACACCAACUUUGUAGAGUUCAGAAACUUCAAGAUCAUUUACAGGCGGUACGCGGGCCUGUACUUCUGCAUCUGUGUGGAUGUGACGGACAAUAACCUGGCUUACCUGGAAGCUAUUCACAACUUUGUUGAGGUUUUGAAUGAGUAUUUCCACAAUGUGUGUGAAUUAGAUCUGGUCUUCAAUUUCUACAAGGUGUACACAGUGGUGGACGAGAUGUUUCUGGCAGGAGAGAUCAGAGAGACCAGCCAGACGAAGGUGCUCAAGCAGCUCCUCAUGCUGCAGUCUUUAGAGUAACGAGCCUGUCAAUCAAUCAACCACCAUUACUGCAGGCUCCGCCCACCCCUGCUGCAGCCAAGCCAUAUUAUUUGUCUUGCUGAAAUACAUCCGCCAACAUUUCACCUUCUCUUUAAAAUCCACGUCCACGAUGAAGGACGUUGCCAUUCUUUUCACAUCCGCAAGUUUAUAACAUUUUACACAUUUCACAUUUAUAAAACCUCCCUGGUUAUUGACCUAAUUAUUCUUUGGCAUUGCCAGAGUUGAAUACUUCAGCAAUUUUACAGCACAGUAGACUUCAGUGUCUCCAAGCCCAUUCAUUAACACUAACACAGAUCACAGCGUCACACCGGCCAAAAUCUGCCAUCGGUCCUCUAAACCCAAAUCCAUGGGCUGCACCAACAUAUAAAACUUGAUUUUAUCAAAUAAAUCAAAUAAAUAAUGAAAUAUUCAAAUCAAAUGGUAAGAAUCUGUGAAGGUUGUUUUUUGUAUCGUGUACAUAUAGCUACGUUAUAUAUGCAUCUAUUUUAAAAUGUAAAUGUUAUGAACUAACCAGUCAUUCCAGGCAUCUAAAACACUCAGUUUCUGCUCGUUGUAAUUGCAUUGAAGACUGUUGUCUUGGUUUUAUGGAGAACUCGAGCCAGCGAUUAGCGAGCGCUUUAGAGAACAAG